AGAGAGCUGCGUCCCGCCUCCAGCAACAUUCUGGGAGUCAACAUGACGGCAGGAAGCACAACACAGACUGAAUGACACACAGCAGACUGAGUGAGUGCAUCCUGCAGUGGAUACCAAGCAGAGGUUCUAGCUGCUGCAGCCUAUGUGUGCGGGGAUUCCACUAGCAGUAGUAGUGCACUUGGUGCAGCCUUGUGUGGGUGGCCUCCAUAGUGAUGCUUAUGUGACAUUCACUGAUGCGUUUAGCUGCCCCUGAGGAUGUGAGUGGAUGGAGCCUCAAGGUCCCUGGAAGUUGUUACAUGGAUUCAAAUGAACGGGGAACUCCGACAUCAUCACAGCCUUAUUUGGGGAAGCCAUUGCAAAGUUUUGUAUUACACACGGGAAACCCACAUGUAUCUGUAUUGCAGCGUGAAGAAGGGAAUGUCCCCUGUAAUCUGACAAUGAAAACACCUAUAGGAGGGAAAUUACAGUAAAUGUACAGAGCUCCACUGGAAGGAAGAGGAGGGAGGAUCCAGAGCUUGAAGAAUGAAAGAGCAUCUCCGAGACCCAGCACUCACAACUAAAGUCUAACACUUGCAGACGGUUUCUGAGACCUGGGUAGGAUUAUAAUCUUAUUAUAUUUUUCUACUAAGAUUUCCUUUUAACCGCUGGUUUCCAUCAUUGGGUAAAAUGGCUCAUCGUAGAAGAGAAGGCUAUGACCAUCGGGAGAUCGUAGUAAAAUACAUCCAUUAUAAGCUGUCACAGAGGGGCUAUGAAUGGGAAGAAGGGAGACAGAUAUCUUCUGGCCUCCCAGCUACUUCUGCUGCUAACAAUAAUUUUACUAAUAAUGAAGAGGUGCCUGCUGUACCAGGUGGACAACAUCUUGCUUCAGAUUUGCCUGCUGCUUCCUCUUCGGAUAAUGAAUCUCCAAGUCAUUUUCCAGUACCACUUCUAGACAAUGCACCUGCUGCUCCCAGAAGAUCUACAUCUGCUGCAUCCCCCAUCCCUUCACCCCAGGCAGAUUUGGAUGUUGCCCAGAGAGAAGGAAAUGUUGAUGAAGAUGCCGGUCAACCACUUGAUGAAGAUAAUGCUGAAGAUGCCCCUUUACAACCUGUCCCCCCUGCCUUAUUCCAGACACUGAGUCGUGCAGGAGAUGAGUUCUCCAAUUUGUACCAACAAGACUUCAGACAUAUCUCAGGGCUCCUCCACCUGACCCCAUCCACAGUUCGUCUGCGCUUUGCUGCGGUGGUGGAGGAGCUGUUUCAUGAUGGGGUGAAUUGGGGCAGAAUUGUGGCUUUCUUUGAGUUUGGAGGAGUAAUGUGUGUAGAGAGUGUGAAUCGUGAGAUGUCACCUUUGGUGGAUUCCAUUGCCGGAUGGAUGACCGAAUACCUGAAUAGACAUCUACAGAACUGGAUCCAAGAACAGGGAGGAUGGGAGGCUUUUGUUGAACUAUACGGCAACAGUGUUCGACCUCCAUUUGACCCAAUGUGGCCCUCCAUCAAAACUAUCCUAAGUAUUGCUGUUAUUGGAGCCUGCAUCACUUUAGGAGCCUACCUGGGAAACAAGUGAUCAUCUUUGAAGGCAUUUCAUCGAAUAUGAUCACCACAAAAAGGGACUGAUCUGUAUGGCUAAUGGACCAACUGUCAUAUCAGCUUUAACUGCCAAAGGAGGUUUAUUUCUUUAUUCUAAAGUUGUUUCCUUUCUAGAGAAGAUUUAUUUAUUAAAGUUCUUUGGGUUUUCAAGCUAUGCCUCACCAUCCUGACCAUGAUAUGUAGCGCUUAGAAUGUUUCUUUGCUUUUUUUUUUUUUGUCUCAUCUAAGAUCCCAUUGUCACCUCCAUGUAUUGUUUGGUUGCCUAAAUAUUGGUUGAUCUACCACCAUUAAAAUUACUAUAUUGUGUCUUGUACUAGAAUAUUUAACUUAUUUUAAAGAUCUUCCCAGUAUUUUUAUUCAGCUAUAUAUGUUUAUUUUGGCUUCCAAGCUUCUUUAUAUUUAUAUUUUUUUCAGUAGUAAAAAAAAUAAGGCAGUCAUGGAUGAGAUGAGUGAAUAAGAAAUGACAUGUCUUUAAAGUCAUUUAGUAUUCUCUGGUAUUGGGUUGGUUCGCUAGAAAGAAUAUGCUGCCAUCUUAGUCAUCUCUUAGCACCACGUGCCUAGUUAAUCACAAUUUUUUAAUAACAUUCCUUCAAGAAUCAUAAUUGAGUAAAUAGAAAUUUGGCAUCAUCCAGGGCACAGACAGUACAUUAAUAUUACUUUGUAGGUCACUGGGUUUAUUCAACAACCUAAAUUUGGUAAAGAUGUACUAUUCAGUGUACAUGCAUGCAAUUGUCUUGCUGAGCACAUGUAAGAAAUAUGGCACAGUUGGUUUGAUAUAGUCCUCAAUAUGCUUAUGAUUAUAAAUUGGUAGUCGACGCAGUCUUCUGGAGGAGUGAAAGCUCACCUCCUGCUGAGCACCUGACAGAUGCUUCCUACCCUGCGGGUUACCUGUGCUUGUGGCAAAAAUAGACAAUGACCUUAUUGCUUGUCUCUCAGCAGGGGCUAUAGGGAUAGUAGAGGGUGCAGCUACUCCCGGCUCUGGAGCCUGAGGGAGCCUAUUUGGUUUCUCUUUUCUAUAUUAGGAGGCCAGUACUAUAAAAGAAACAUUGUGUUGGAGACCCUGUUACAGAUUAUGCAUCUUCAAGGGAAAGGGUGAGGAAUGCUAUGCUGCAUGUGGGACCAGCUUAUAUUUUGACUAAGCAAAUCUGAUCUAGCAACCAAACAAUGAUAAGGUUUCCUAGCUCACUCACUAUCAUGUAAAAAAUGUCAUGUCAGCUCAUAUUAUGCUAUAAAAGUGACUAAUUUCCACUUUAUAAUUGCUUGUUUAGAACUGCUGUUACUUUAAGUUCUAAGUUGCUAAAUAACCGAAUGUUGCAACUGAAAUGCAAUACUUUCUAAUGCAGAUCCAGGUGUAAUGGUUCUGUCUAAGACUAGCUAGCUAGCUAUACAUACAGUAAUGGCACCUUAUGCAUUAAAGGGGCACUAUCAUAAAGCAAUCUAAAUGACUGAUCUUAGUAUAGGAGGUUUUCAUGAGAAACUAUAGCACUUACUAAUUUUAUACUGAUUAUCAAUGCACAAAUAGUGAUUUAACUGUCAAGAUGCAUCUUCAACAUCUUAUAUGGGACUAUUUAGUAUCUCACUUCUAAUGGAUUAGCGAUAAAACAGUGCACCAAAAGAUCUCCAUAUAUUUACAUGUAAAUUCAUUAGAUGAAAAAUGAAAAUAUGAGGCAAAAGAUAUAGGAAAGUGAGAUGCAGCUGCUUUGCUUGACACAUUUUAGAACCAGUUAUGUCCGUGCUUUCAAUAAAGGGUAACUGAAUAAAUAAACCAAAAAUGUAUCACUUAUCAUUACUUUACUAAUCCUCUUUCCUAAAGGGAACCUGUCAACACUUUCAUGCUGCCUGAAACAAGGUUAUCAGAUGAAUCCUGGCAGGUUUUCCCUUUCCCACCAGCCUUGGUAGAUCUCUCCCUGUUUUGAUAUAGGGAGAGAGCUUUUAAUCAAUUCUAGU